ACCGGCUGGCGUGGCGACCCCGCGGGCAUGGAGGCGCCCGCCGGAACCGUGAGCGCGGCGGUCCGGGAGCACCUGCGGCAGCUGUGUCUGCGCGAGUUCCCGUGCGGCAUCGGCAGCUGGAAUAAGUCUCGCUUUCUUCCUCAAACUUCACGAGCAUGGCGGGAGCUGGUCCCCAGAGAGGAGGAGGCGGUGAGCCCUGGGGAGGAGACGGUGGAGGACCUGCUGGGCCUGGUCCGAAGCCCCCACUCACCCUGGGCUCUGCCAGAGGCCUCAAGUGCUGAGGACUGUUUUCUGAGAGAACUGGCCAUCCAGAACCCCCUGGUGCUCAAAGACAGCUUCUUCUACACCUACUUCAAGUCGCUGCGGGUGGUGGACAAGCAGGUGAGCCUGGUAGACAAAGACCUCCUGAAAUUUGUGAAGCUUGAAGAGUUGAUUCUGAGUGCUAAUCUAAUCAAGGAGAUUGACCCCACCAACCUGCCCCCGACUCUCAAGGUGUUGGAACUUUACGGCAACAAGAUGAGCAGCGUGGAGUGUCUGUGCUCUGGCCCCCCCCCGGGGCUGCAGCACUUGGGGCUGGGCCACAACAAGCUUCUGGGCCCGCUGGAGAGUCUGUACGUCACCAGCGACCACUGGCCCAACCUCGUCUCCCUGGACCUGAGCUUCAACGACCUGACGGACCUGAGGAGCAUGGUGGCCAGCCUCAGAACGCUCCCGUGCCUGAGGCUGCUGGUGCUGCAGGGGAACCCUCUGGCCCUGGUGCCCUACUACCGGGGCUUCACCAUCGACAGCCUGUCCCGGCUCUGCGUGCUGGACGACAUCACAGUGACAUCCAGUGAGAAGCAUCAGUUCCGGGGGCUGAGGCACAGUGGGGAUCUCCUCACCCAGGAAGCACAGUUGGUGGUGACUAUUGGAAAUGUCCGAGGGGUUCUGGACACCUCGGUCUUGGACCCAGAACCAGGGCCCCAGGGCCCUUUCAUCACUUACAGCUAUUACGUAACCUACGAUUUUGUGGAAGAUGAAGAAGCCGAGGGAAAUGGAUACGGCGGCGUGCUGGCUGAGAUUGUCAAGCCCUCUCCCAGCACAGAGCAGCUGGGCGAGGAUGUUCCUGAAGAGGUCGUAGAAGAGGCUGAAGACUCCGUAGAGUCCGGGCCAGUCUCCCAGUCGCAGUCGGGUGAGAUGGAGGAGUCUCUGGUCUCUGGUGGGUCGGCACCCUUGCUGCGGACGUCUGUGGACUCUGCUGAAGAGCUGGCCAAGCUCCGGCCGCAUCUGGAUCCCCGGCUCUGCCCAUCCCCGGGGACAGUCCUGUUCAGCACAGUUCGCAAGCCCUGGGCCGACGUCAUCCCCUGCAACUACGAAAUGCAGCACACGCUGAGCGACCUGGUGCCGCUCAAGGCCUUCCUCAUGUCAGGAACCACUGUCACCAUCGUGGAGGAGAAGAUUCUCUCCUGGCCUGUGGUGCCGCCUUCCCCCGACAGCCCCCUGCCUGCCAAGAAAGGAAAAGGGGAGAAGGACAAGAAAGGGAAGAAGGAGAAAGAGGAGAAAGACAAGAAGGGAAAAGAUGGGAAAGACAAGGCAGGCAAAGGGGAGAAGGACGCAGCCAAGGAGCAGAAGGAGGGCAAGAAGAAGAAGGAGCUUCUGAAGGAUCUGCGUCAGGACCCGCCCAUCCUGCGCGUGCUGGGCAGCGGCCGGGUUGCCCUGGAGCCCCUGCUUGCAGGGGAGCCAUUCGUGUCCACCGUGUGCGACUUUGGGGUGAUCCGCACCUUGGAGACUGACAAGCUGACGUUUUUCAGGGAUUCAAAGAAUAAGAAAGCGACAAAGGAUGCUAUGGAGGCUAAGAAGUCCAAGACGAAGUUGCCAGCAGCCAUUGAAAAGGGAAAAUCUUUGGUUUCAGUGUACGAAAGCAACUACCACCCAGACCCCCUGACGGUGGAGGUCCAGAUCCAGCUGACCCAGUGCCGCUCGGCGGAGGAGGCGCUCCGGGCGCUGGUCCUGUAGGGCGCGGGAUUAAAGGCUGUUCUGAGA